CAGGAUUGCGUCAAUUCGGGUUUCAGCCACGUCUGGAGUCUCGGAGACAAGCUUUUCAGAAGAGCCAACAGGAACAGGGCAGGGUGGCACAUUGCUGAUAGAGAGCGCGGACCUUCCUCCAGCCCCUCCCGCUGCCGCGGCCGGUCCCCGGAUCCCCCGUGUUUCCCCUGGAAGCCUUGUUUCAGGGUCCUUCCAGGUGAAUCUGCCUGGAGUUCUUUCAGCACCUCGGACAGAGCACGCAGAAAACAUGGCUCCUAUCACCACCAGCCGCGUGGAAUUCGAUGAAAUUCCCACAGUGGUGGGCAUCUUCAGUGCUUUUGGCCUGGUCUUCACUGUGUCUCUCUUUGCCUGGAUCUGCUGCCAGAGAAGAUCCGCUAAGUCCAACAAGACUCCUCCUUACAAGUUUGUGCACGUGCUUAAAGGAGUUGAUAUCUACCCAGAAAACCUAAGUAGCAAGAAGAAGUUUGGAGGAGACGACAAGAGUGAAGCGAAGCGAAAAGCAGCUUUGCCUAACCUUUCCCUGCAUCUUGAUCUCGAGAAGCGAGACCUCAAUGGCAAUUUCCCCAAAACCAACCCCAAAGCUGGCAGCUCCUCUGAUCUGGAAAAUGUCACCCCAAAGCUCUUUACGGAGACGGAAAAGGAGGCCGUCUCCCCUGAGAGCUUGAAGUCCAGCACUUCCCUCACUUCGGAGGAGAAACAGGAGAAGCUGGGCACCCUCUUCUUGUCUCUAGAGUACAACUUCGAGAAGAAAGCAUUUGUGGUGAACAUCAAGGAAGCCCAGGGCUUACCAGCCAUGGAUGAACAAUCCAUGACCUCUGACCCGUACAUCAAGAUGACAAUCUUACCGGAGAAGAAGCACAAAGUGAAAACCAGAGUGCUGAGGAAGACGCUGGACCCCGUUUUUGACGAAACCUUCACAUUCUAUGGGAUCCCUUAUCCCCACAUCCAAGAGCUGUCCCUGCACUUCACAGUCUUGAGCUUUGACAGGUUUUCAAGAGAUGAUGUCAUUGGAGAAGUCCUUGUUCCUCUUUCAGGGAUUGAAUUAUCAGACGGGAAAAUGUUAAUGACUAGAGAGAUCAUCAAGAGAAAUGCUAAGAAGUCUUCUGGACGGGGUGAACUUCUGGUCUCCCUCUGUUAUCAGUCCACUACAAACACGCUCACUGUGGUUGUCUUAAAAGCGCGGCACCUACCGAAAUCUGAUGUGUCUGGACUUUCAGAUCCCUACGUCAAAGUGAACCUGUACCAUGCCAAGAAGAGAAUCUCUAAAAAGAAGACUCACGUGAAAAAGUGCACUCCCAACGCAGUGUUCAACGAACUGUUUGUCUUUGAUAUUCCUUGUGAGAGUCUUGAAGAAAUAAGUGUUGAAUUUUUAGUUUUGGAUUCCGAAAGGGGAUCCCGAAAUGAGGUGAUUGGGCGGUUGGUCCUGGGUGCCACAGCAGAAGGAAGUGGUGGGGGGCACUGGAAGGAGAUCUGUGACUUCCCCAGGAGACAAAUUGCUAAGUGGCAUAUGCUCUGUGAUGGUUAGCUUCCUGGUCACCAGCUACAACGUAAAGGUUUUUACUAGGCGAGAAGCAGUUUUCUUUCUUAUACGCGAUUGUAAGCUUGUGGCCCAGCAAGCUACUUUACUAUUUAUUUGUUUUGGUUAGAAGUGGAUUAAAUUAGUAGACCAGAAGAUAGCUGUAAAUGUGUAUUAUGAUAAUUUCCUCUUUUAUUAGAGGCGUUGGCCAAGUUUUCAUAAGAUACUGUUUCCCUCUGUGUGUGUUAAGUGGGCCAACCAAGCCUGUUAUGAGCAUUCUAGCUUAACCUCAAGUCACAGAUGUGUGUUGUGGGUGAUUUCAUUUUUGCCUUGGUAGUGAAAAUCAGGUGAUUGUUAAGAGUUAAAAAUGGGAACCACACCUUUUUUGUAUGAAAAUUAAUCCAUGUUUCUUCAGGUUGGGGAGAUAGGUUUUAUUUAAAUCCAAAGAUAUUUCCAAAAUGUCCUCAAGUCUGUUUUUUAGUUAACUAAGUCAUGUACAAAUGAUUGUCUUAUAUAUUAGUGUAUGCUGUCAUUUCCAUUGUAAUUAUUUGAUACAAUCUCAUCAUAAAAGGGGUAGCUUAGGUUCAUUUCAUAAAGACAGCAAAGAAGUUGAGAAAUUAAUUUAUUAAAGGGCUGAAUUGAAGAACACUGUGGUUAAAAUGAGAUUUUUUUUGUUCCAUCCCAUGUGAGUCAUGUAAAAUUUAACUUCACCUAAGAACCAUGGUCUUGAAUUAUUCACUGCCUGUCAGAAGCCUCAGUGUGGCCUAAGAUACUCCUACUUACCUUUGUGAAGUUGUCAGACUAUUUAGUGGGAAAAAAAACAAACCUAAGCUAGAAUUUCAGUUAGGAAUACAGUUGUUUUUUAUAUAAAAAUCUAUCAGUGUACAAGUGUAUUUUCAAGAUUGUCUUUCCCCCUCACAGUGGACAUGGCCACCUAAGUUUUUUAACUUAUUCUUUCCCAGGAAGAACUAAGCUAUUUAAAAAGGAACGAAAGAAAAGAAAAAAAAACUUGUGAAAUUCAUGGUCAGGUUGAAGUCAACCACAUUAUGUAAAAGACUGAGACAAGAAAAGAGUAAGCCUUUCAGAAUUUACAAAUAUUCACAAAAUAUAGUUAGGCUGUAAAAAUGGCAGACAGUAUGUUCUCCAACUGUCUUUGGGGACCAGUUCGUUCUGAGCUGUUAUUUUUAAGAUAGCUUAAAGAAUCGUGUCUUGUGCCACUCCCCAAUGCUAAGUUCUGAAAUUCUUGCGAAACUUGUGCAAGGCAAGCAGAUUUCUGGCAUUUCCUGGGAAGACUUAGUUCAAUGGCGAUGUCUUUAUAUUUGAGUCAUUGGAGACUCAUGAGGGUGACUUAGGUCCAGCCGAAUUAUUAAAUAUGCAAGUUAGAGUUAAUGUCUACUGGAAAUUUUACCUUCGAGUCAAGUUUUGUGUCAGUGCUUUGGCAUUUUUGAGAAUGUGUUUGAUAUCACAGUGUUUGUAAAUUCAAUGAAAAUGUAUUUCCGAACCACUUGUCCGUGCUUUUUAUGACUACAACAAAAGUCCGACUUUCUAUAAGGAGAUCUAUCUCAUUCUGUUUGUACAAAAGACUUUACGCUUUCCCCACACUCAUAGUCAUCCAGUGACAAUGUCAUCUGUCAUCUCUGCCUACUCAGCAGGCUGAGACUAUCAUGGAGUGAGCUGCGGUCGUGUGGAGUUGGGGAGGCCACUCGCCUCCUUAUGUGUGUACAUUUGAUGUCAUAGGCCAUGGGAUGUAGUGUAGCUCGGAGCUCUAAUGUCAAGAGGCACCAUUUCCAAGAAUCCUACGGAGCGGCAGGAAGUUGAUGGUGAUCCAGUUUACAGGAUGUUUAUUGUUUUUUUUAAAUAGAGAACAAAUCUGACAACAAAUACUUUUAAAAUUGUAAAUAGUUUUACGAUUUAAAGUGUUUUGACGGUGUAAGUCGAUUGAAACUAUUUAUAGCUGGUUUUAAGGGAAAAGAAGAGAACCGCAAAGAAAGGAGAAAAGCAAGAAAAAUAUUGAAACAGGCAGGGAGAUAUGUGACCUCAUUACUUCUGAAAACUGUACUGUUUAUAGUGUAUUACAAUAUCAACGUGAAUAUCCAAUUCUGCUAAAUUUCCUGCACUGUAUUAAACAUGUAAAUUAACUUUUUUGUCUGCUUAGCCAGUCUAACCACCCGGACAGGGAGGUUGCCAUGUCUGAAGAACUGUGUGAUUCAGUGAUGACUUGUUCUGACUUGUUGUAGUUCAGUAGUGUUCGGGAGGAAAGCAUGGUGUAAGGGAGAUGCUGUCUGUCCCUUUGUGCCAGCACUGUAUGUUUGCAAGACACGAAUAAACUGCCGCUUUUGCCCAAACGAUCUCAA